AUGGACACGUAUAAUUUCGAUGAGGACCUCAUCGAGGUGCCAAAAGGAUCCCACGAACCCGCAGACGACCGCGAGGUUAUAGAGUGUCUCUGGUGGACGCGGAGCGACUGGGAGAAACAGCGCUGGCGCUUUUCGCAACCAGCUUGGAAGGCACAGAGUCCCUUGCCGGAGAUUCGAACCCUUUAUGGGACGAUUCGGUCAGCGUCGUUCCAUCAACGGAGCCAGACAGACUUUCAUUGUUUGGCGGUCGCAGAUACGCGCGCCAGAGCUGGAGGACGAACCAGCACCGUUCGGAGUCGAAGGGACCUGGAGUCCGAAUUUGAGGAUGACGAGGAUAGACCUAUUCAACUGCUGGCUCAUGAGAGCGACGCAGGUGAGGCCAGGAAGUCGAAAGCGUCGCCAGACUCGAGACGCGCGUCGACGUCUGGGACAGAGGGAAUGAGCUCGCUCACCUCAGGCUCUGUCGGAAGGAAGAUUCCUGCCGGCGGAAAAACUCUUAAUAUCCAUAGUCACGGCUCCAUCAGUUCAAGCGGCCGUGACAAACCUAUCAAGAGCGGCUCCGCCGCCAAGGGUAAAAAGGUCAUCCGACCUCGCCAUCCAGGCAAAAAGGUUGCUCAACCUCGCAAGCCCUCCCGAAAGGCCUCCAAGGCCACCGAAGAUGGAGUGGAGGAGAAGCAUUUUGAGAAAGACUCGAUGGGAUACGCGGAUCCCAUCGAGGUCCUUGAGCACCUCAAGAGGGCUCAAAAGCUUUUCAAGACGUCGGCAUUCAAGGUCGUUUUCCCCGUCGACCAAGGAUUCACGGUUGACGAAAAGGGGAAGCGCCGGUGCGGAAUCCGGGGUGCAAUUGCAGCCUCGGGCCUCGCGAUGGGUCGCACCGACUGCGAACCAUGCGGAAUCGAGGUCGCAACAGGAGAGUCGUACCGGCGCCACGUGCUUGAGGCGCACUUUGGGAUCCCACGGGGCAGAAGAAAAGAGGACCAACAGGAACGACUCAAAAAGCGAAUAGGGGAGCAUUACGACGCGGAGAGCAGGGGGAGGAAACGAAAGGCGGAAGACGACAACGAUGAGUACGAAGAUGGCGAGCGACGACAAAGAAAAAGGGUCAAGAAGCAAGCCUCUAGCUUGGAAUGA